AUGUCACUUUUCCUCAAGCUAAAUAGACUUAAAAAUUGCUUGAGGAAUUUAAAUAAGGAAUGCUACAUCAAUAUUUCUGCAAGGGUUAAGCAAAAGAAAGAUGAGCUGGAACAAAUUCAACACUCAACCCUCAAAAGAAAUAGCUCCAUUGAUACUGAGUUAAAAAUUCAGAGUGAGAAUUCAUCCCUUGAAGCAGCAGGAAACAUGUUUUUAAAACGGAAGGCUAAAAUUCAAUGGCUCAAGGAGGGUGACAAAUGUUUUAAAUAUUUCCACUCUGUCAUUGCUUCCAAAAACAAAAGGGAAACCAUUAGAGUUCUUGUGAAUGAACAAGGCAGUAGACUUGAGGCAUUUGAUGAGAUGGCUUCUGAACUAAAUCUUCCUUAUGAAGCUAUAGCAGAUUUAGAAAAAUACAUCACUGUUGAGGAGAUUAAAAAUGUUAUCUUCAGUCAAGGAAAUGAUAAGGCUCAUGGCCAUGAUGGUUUUACACCAUUCUUCUUCAAAAACUCCUGGUCAGUGGUUGGUGAGGAUGUAACAAAAGCUAUAAAAUUCUUCUUCCAUAACUCUUUCAUUUUGCCAACUUUUAACUCUACAAUUAUAGCCCUGGUUCCAAAGAUCACUAAUCCUAUCAAGAUUCAUGUCAAAAGGUUGAUCAACCUGCUGCUUGAAAUUAUAACCCUCAACCAAUCAGCCUUUGUCAAAGGUAGAAAUAUAAUUGACAAUACUCUUCUAGCACAAGAACUUGUUAAAGGCUAUGGAAGGAAAUCAAUUUCUCCAAGGUGUGCUAUCAAGAUAGACCUUCAAAAAGCAUUUGAUUCUCUUUACUGGGGAUUCAUCUCUUUAAUUCUUAAGGCCAUUGAUUUGCCACCUAAAUUCAUUGUUUGGAUUGAAGCUUGCUUCACUGAAGCUAGAUAUUCCAUUUCUUUCAAUGGAUCUUUGAUUGGUAUUUUCGGAAACCUUGAAAUCAUUAAUCUUUCUACUAGUUUCAAGUAUGGUCACCUUCUAGUGAUAUAUAGUGGGGUUCUGCUUGUCACCAGAAAACUCACUGCUAAUUAUUGUACUCCUCUUAUUGACAAGAUCAGAUUAAGAAUUCAUCAAUGGUCUGGGAAGUACCUAAGUUACACUGGAAGGUUAGAACUUGUUAAAAUUGUCCUUCAAAGUAUUGCUAACUUUUGGUGUAGAGAAUUUCUUCUUCCUCAAGCUGUUAUUAAUAUGAUUAACCAGCUAUGCUCAUGUUUCUUAUGGAAAGGCUCUGACACUGCAGCCACUGGUACAAGAGUAAGCUGGGGAAAUAUUUGUUGUCCUAAAUCCGAAGGAGGGCUAGGAUUAAAGGAUUUAAAAUCUUGGAAUAAGGUGUGCAUGAUGCAGCUCAUUCGAAAUCUUCUUGAUGGUGAAGGCUCCUUAUGGAUUGCAUGGAUUUAUAACUAUGUGAUUAAAUCUAAAGAUUUUAGACUGAUGUCCGAAAGUGUUUCCUCCAGCUAUAGCUUUAAAAGACUUUUAAAACUGAAAACAGAGGCCCUCACCAUUCUUAAUGCAUGA